AUGGAGAAACUUUUGAAGUGGUCGAUCGAGUCAGCUUCUUAUGAUCCCAACUCUGGUAAAGAGGCUCCUGCCAAACCCGAUCCAGAGCUGCUGGCCCAGCUGUUUGGAGCUAAAGACGAGCCUACUCUUAUGAAAGAAGCUAUCCAGGUCGCUAUAAAUAAGGAGAAUUCUCUCGAGGAUAGAGAAACUGCUCUGGAUAACUUCGAAAUGCUCAUUGAAAAUCUCGAUAACGCUAAUAAUAUUGAGAACAUUGGUCUAUGGCCCCCUAUCUUGCAGCUGGUAGCAGACUCGGAGCCGACUAUCCGAAAAAUGGCAUGUUGGAUUAUUGGAACCGCUACUCAAAACAAUCCCAAGACCCAGGAGGCAUUUGUUGCUAAAGACGGUUCUCUCAAGCAAUUGCUGGAUCUGGUCACUGUGUCUUCACCUGCUGGUGAAGAGCUCGAAGUUGUGUAUAAAGCUAUCUACGCUCUAUCCAGUGUUUUGGGACACUGUCCACAAGCAUACGAAAAGUUCGAACAAGCCGAUGGAUGGUCGAUUCUCGCGAAACUACUUUCCGAGGAGAACCACAAUUCGAAGCUGCAGUUCCGCUCUCUGUCAUUAGUCCACUCUGUGUCUCACAUCGAACCUGUUGGUGACAAGUUCGUACAACUACGCAAGACCGGCACCAUCACCAGCUUGAUAGAGAUCCUCAAACAAUCGACCCAAAACGUGCAAUCACAAGAAAAAGUGCUCCACAUCCUGGGCACGCUCCAAACUGCAUCUUUUGACUUCACCCCCGAAGAGAAGUCGCAAAUCGUGGCUGUCCGCAAAUCCCUAAUAGCCAGCGAAGUCAUUCAGCCCGACGAGUACCACUUCUCCGCCUGA